AGACCAGUACUAAAUAUGGCGAAAAUGAGAGUCACUUCCGGUCGGAAGGAAAUCCACAGCGAGCACCGUGUGCAGGUUUCAUUAGUUCCCGACUCACUUCCGGUUGACAGUUCAGGCGUCUUUUUGUUUUAUUUUGAACUAAUAAUGAGUAAUAUCGUAGAAGAAGAGGAGGAGGAAGAUUAUAUGUCGGAUGCCUUCCUCAGCUCCUUACAGGAUGUUAGACCAGGAAUCCCUGUGCCAAGGAGAGUCAAAGAGUCUUACCAGAAAGAAGAAAAACAAAAGGAAAGUAAUGUCAAGAACAGACAAAAGAGCAUGAAAGAGGUGGAAAAGGAAAGAAGAGAUACUGUACUGAAUGUAGCUCUGAGCAAUGAAAACAAGGGCUUUGCUUUACUUCAGAAGAUGGGGUAUAAGAAAGGGCAAGCACUUGGCAAGAAAGGUGACGGCAUUAUUGAACCAAUUCCACUGAAUAUUAAAACAGGACGCAGCGGUAUUGGCCAUGAAGAAAUGAAGAAGCGGAAAGCAGAGGAAAAUCUUGAAAGCUUCAGGCGAAAGGUUCUGAUGAGCCAAAAAGCACAGGAGCAAGCUGCUGAUGACUUCAGGGUAAGAAUGAGAAGUAAGAAAGAAGAGCAGAAACUAGAAGGUGACCUUAGGAAAAGCCAGAAAGCAUGCCUGCAGCUAGAUGAGCAGAAGGGAAUAGCCUGUCCACGAGAGGCCUGGUACUGGCCUCCAACUGAUGUGCAAGAUGAUUCUGAAACCUCCGAAGAGGAUGAGGAUGAAGUGAAGGAACAGGAGUUAAGUACACUGGAGAAGUUACAGAUUCUGACCAGUUAUUUAAGAGGACAGCAUUUAUAUUGCAUCUGGUGUGGCACUACAUAUGAAGAUGAAGAAGACCUUCAGUCCAAUUGUCCUGGAGACACUUCAGAAGACCAUGACUGAGACACCUUGAUGAGAAUUGACUGAACAUUCAGUGGAUUAUAGAAUAUACUAAUGAAGGACACAGAGGGCACUGAAACUCUGUAUUACAUCGACCUUCAUUAACAUAAAUGGACUUGAGCUUAUGUUGUCGUGGUAAAGAAAUGAUACAAGAUCUCUUGAGUUUUCUUUGCUUUUAUUUAUACAUCCUUAUGAGACCACUGAAGAGAACGUCACACAAGGCAGUCAGAUCUUCAUACACUAUUUAUAUGUGUCAUGUUUUUUUUUUUUAAAUGGUACCCUGUCAUAUUUAGAUUUUAAUAUUCUAUAGAUAUUGAUCUGCAAUCAUAUAUCUCUAUGGUAUUGAACGAAAAUGUAAAAUAUAAAUUGGGUCUCUUUACAACUAACUGUAUUUGAAAUGGCUAAACAUGUAUUUAGUAUGUUGACACUGAGGAAAUUCUGCAAGGAAAUCCCUUGCUGAUUUUCAUCAUUGGAUCCACGCCGCCAGAUUCGGCAUUCAUUUUGUGCAGAAUAUGUCACCAAAAUUAACCACUGAAAUUCAAAGUAUUAUUGACUUAUUUUAUCUUUUUGGGCCCAUUUUUGAUUUUGGCAAAUUUAAAUUCCUCAUUGGUGGUUCUUCUACGGAACUUGUGUGAACUGAGCAGCAGCCUCCCAUUGAGAUCAAUGGAAGGGUGCUGCAAGCGGAAUCCGCUCGGAAUUUCCUCUUGGAAAUUUUGUACGGAAUGUCUGGAGUGUGGACAAACCCUUGUGAUCUGUACAAACGUGUGUAAUUUUGGUUUGUUUUUGUGUUUUUUUUUUUUUUUUAUUAAAAAAACCCCA